AUGCCUGGCGAAAAGAGCGAGACUGUGGUUUAUACAAAACAGUUAGAAACUACUCCCGAGCUUUUGCCCAACAAUGAGGUUUUCAGGAUCAAGAUCGGUCAAAAGCUAUUUGAGAUUUCAGGCGCUACGCUGAAUUCUGAUGCGCCCAAUUUUUUCACCCAGUUCUUCAAUAUGCAUGAUAAGAACACCAUUCUGUUUAUCGAUAGGUCUGAAGACGUAUUCAUCAUAAUCUACAGACAUUUGCAAGGUUAUUUUCCCGAGAUUAAGGAUGAAGUAAACUUUUCCUCUCUUUUCACGGAUGCAUUAUAUUUCCAGUUACCUAAAUUAGUCAAAAUAAUAAAAGAAUACGACUACCACUUCACCAACAUUGGGGGUGUUUCUUUUAAGGUGCCCAAAUCAUUGUUUCAUGAAGAAGGCAAUCGGCUGAACUAUUUCGAAAUGAUUUCCCGCACAUUUUAUGAGGAGAUUGAAAAGUGGGAGGCGCAUAAGAAAUCGGUCUUCCCACCUUUACUACCGCCCUCUUAUAUUGCCAGGCCCCCAGAAUUUUUCCGAGAUAUAUUAUCUUUACUAGGCGGUGCCGAAUUAGAAUUAUCUGAAAGAAGAACCGCAUCUUUGAUCAAAGAGUGUCGUUAUUACCGUUUUAACAGGUUGGAGCAGGAAUUAGUGAAGGCAAAAGUUAUCUAUAAUCCCUUAACUAAUUGUCAGGAAAUUUGCAUAGCUCUUAACAACGUUUCUAAGAAUGGUGUAACCAUCGAAAGAUUAACAACACCCUAUACCGAAAACCAACCUUUAGCAGUAGGGAGUUGUCCCAAUAAAAAUGGAGGGGAAAAAACCGCUACUGGAAUUGAUAAAACCGAGACUGAUCUAGGCGGCAAUGAUGAUUCAGAACCUCCAACAAAAAAGGUAAAACAUUCUAUUGAAAGACAUUGGAGCAUGUUAAAGUAUCGAAGACCUUAUAUCGACACGGUUUCGCAAGAUCUUAUCUUCCAGUUACACUCUAACCAGUGCAAAAUAAUAUUCAACAAAAAGAAUAAGACGGUGCAUGUGGACCUAUCCAGAGAGGCCGCAGAAUUGUUCGAAAAUAAAUUUUCAGAUGUUUUGUUGGAAACCCCAGAAUUCAAUGUCGAUCUGUCUGAAUAUAAGGUCAAACUUCGUGACAGUCAAAUGCAAGUUGAAUCUCAUCUAAUAAUCCCCGCAUGCGUCUCUAUCUGUGACUUGAUGGUAAACGGCGCAAAAUGCUCCAAUAUCUUCUCAUUAGUUAACGACUCCAAAUGUAAAGAGAGGGUCUUGGACUGCACCAAUUUAAAAGUUUUGAAUUGUGUUCAUGGUUUGAAACUACACCUAUCGAAAUCCAUGUGGAAGUUAGGUACGAAUGACGGAAGAAUCAUCCUCGUUGCUGUGAAAGCAGAGACCUUCUCAGGGACGAAAGAAUAUUGCAAAAUGAUUGAUUUUCUGUGA